UAGCCCCUUAAAAAUGGGCUUUAUUGUCAUCUAACUGAGGGCAUUUGUUGGCCAUCAAACACUUCAGAGAGCAGUUUAAACUGGAUGUGGAGCUUCUUUGUCCAGGUUUUCUUGACCUCUUCCAGGUUUGUGGGGGCAGUUUGGUGCCAGCGGUGGCCCCUUCCGUCCCCUCCACCCCUCGGACUCGCCCCUGUCGGACUGUUGGUGAGAGAUGCUGAGUUAACGUCCGCAAUUUUAGCUUUUGAAGUUUUUCCUACUUUAAUCCUAUUUGGUGUAGAUACUAAAACGAGACUCCACGGUGGGGACUCGAGCUGUCAGAGCACCUGUCGGACAGAGUUUUGCUCGUAGCUGCCCGUCGGAGUAACAAGUCGAGCCGCGGCUAUCUUUGCUAGCGGCUAAUAUCGCACAAGGACAACAUGAGCUAGGUGGUCCGGCUAGCUAACACGGUGAGGGAAAACUACAACUUGCAGAGAGAAGAGGAGCAAAAACAAAACAAAACACCUGUUGCCGUGGCCGGUUUUCGCUCACAGUUAGCAUGUCGAAUCAGAACCAGCCGGCUUUCCCGACCCAACAGCAGCCCAACCUGAACUCUGCUCAUUUGCCACAGCUUUUCGUGAAACCCUUCAACAGUGCUCUACAAGUCAAAAGGAGCGUAAUAACAGACGAUUACAGUGUCACGAGUCAGGUGCUCGGCAUGGGGAUAAAUGGCAGAGUGCUGGAAGUGUUCCACAGAGAAACUGGACAAAAGUAUGCACUGAAGAUGCUGCAGGACUGUCCAGAGUCCAGGCGGGAAGUGGAGCUGCACUGGAGGGUAUCACCUUGUCCUCAUGUUGUGUCCAUCAUAGAUGUUUAUGAGAAUCUGUACCAGGGCAGGAAGUGCCUCCUCAUCGUAAUGGAGUGCAUGGAUGGAGGUGAAUUAUUCAGUCAUAUCCAAGACAGAGGGAAUCAUGCAUUUACAGAAAGAGAGGCCUCAGACAUCAUGAAAAGUAUAGGAGAAGCCAUUCAUUUCUUGCAUUCCAUCAACAUUGCUCACAGAGACAUCAAGCCAGAGAACCUGCUGUACACCUCCAAAAGACCAGACGCUCUCCUUAAGCUGACUGAUUUUGGUUUUGCCAAAGAAAUCACAACUUUAAACUCUUUGGCAACGCCAUGUUUUACUCCCUAUUAUGUUGGUAAGACCACAGACCAUGUGCUAUUGAAAUAAUUAGUCAGGCUAUAAAGGUUAAAGAGGCACUUGAGGAUUUUCUAUGCAGGAUGUUCGCAAGAUUAACAGAUUCUGGGUUAAGUUGAUGAUAAUUGUUAUAAACUAUGACACAAGAUCUCUAUUCAUCACUCCUGAGUGCAGUCUGUGUGUAAACACAGCUGUGAACAU